AUGAUGCUUAGGCUCCAUAGGAUAAUAUGGGAAAUGUUAAGGGCCGUCUGGGCUUUUACAACAUCAGGUUCAGAAGAACAACUUAUAAACGGCAACUUAUUUUACCUUGAACCAGAACGGACUGCCUUUUCUCUUGAUGUUAAACCCGUGAAAUAUCCUGAGAAAUGUAAAUUAGUACAGUUACAUUUGAACAUGAGACAUGGAGCGAGAUAUCCAGCCCCAAAUGAUAUUAAUGCCUAUGAAAAAUUGGAAAAAGCAUUUGCUAAUGUUCCUAUUGCAAAAGAAUGGUAUAAAAAUGUUUUCCCGAUGAGGAAAAAUUUUCAAUUGAUCAAACGAGGAGAAAUCGAAUCGUUUUUUGAUGGUAAGCAGUCUCGUCAAAGAUACCCAGAAUUUUGGAGAGUCAAAUACGAUCCCGAAGUUGUAAAAUUUCAAAGUGCCGGUACUUCAAGAGCUGGUGCAUCGGCAAUGGCCUUUUCCGAAGGAUUAUUUAAUGGCAAAGGCUCUUUAGACACUUGUAAAAGUCAACCUGUAUACAUUUCGUCUGUACCAGUGCAAGAUGAGAUUUUGACACCAUUCUUUGAUACCUGCUCACGAUGGAAUGAGACCGUUUUUAAAAACAAUCCAUUACGAGAUGAACAACUUUAUUCCUAUGGCAACAAGACUCUAGCACAAAUUGCAAAACGUCUUUCUGAUGAACAUGGUCUUAGUCCGCCUCUUGAUCCACAUUUAUUGCCAUAUAUGUUUACUAAUUGCCAGUAUUGGGUUGUUCAUUUUAAUCGAACUGACACAUGGUGUUCAUUACUAAGCCGUAAAGAACUUCUAUUAUUACGAUAUUAUUGGGAUAUUUGGGGAUAUUAUACAGUACAAUAUGGACAUCCUCUUAAUAAGCGAAUAGCCUGUCGCUAUAUUACUCAACUUGUAAAUGGAGUUGAUGAUUAUAUAAGUGGGAAGUCUCUUAUGAUAGCUGAUUUGAAGUUUGCUCAUGGAUAUAUUUUACUUACAACAUUUACUUUACUGGGAGUAUUUAAAGAAAAUCACCCACUCACAGCAGAUUUAACCUUUGAACAAAUUAAAAAAGUCAGGUAUACAGAAUAUGCAACUUUACACUGGACUUCUACACUUUAUUGGGAAGUAUAUUCUUGUUCAGGUGAUCACAAGGAUAAUGUAAAGAUACGAGCAGUAUUGAACUUUAAACCACUUGUGAUUCCAGGUUGUGGAAGUGAGUAUUGUGACUGGAACAAAUUUAAAGAACUUUUUAGUGAUCAGAUUGGGUGCGAUUUUAAGAAGAUGUGCACUUAUCCUUAA